AAAAAAAAUGUCAUAUUCAAAAAUAUCUACUGAUAUUCAUGUCCCUGAGUUUUGAUUCCAGGUGUUUCUGCUUGAACUCGUCAUGCUGCUCUCCUGUCGCGGCCACGCUUCUCUGAACAGAGGAUCUGACAACUCCUCAGGAGCCGUGUAUCUGGGCUCCGCUUACGUUGACGAGGCUCUGCAGAGGGCCAUCGAGCUGACCGAGGCCGCUUACGCACGCACAAGUGAAAGGGUGAAGAAGUCUUUGUCUGAAGGAGCUCUGAGACCCAGUGAUCUGCUGGCUCAGUUCAAACACAUUGAACCCAGGACCAGGACUCAGAUCCGGGCCGCAGAGCUGCUGGACAACACGGUGGAACUGAUCAGAGAGAUGGUCUACACCACCACCAUGACGCAGCCCAAACCCUCCGAGCUGCUGAGCGAAGGAGACGUGGAGAAUCUGCUGCAGGUGACGGGCUGCUCAGCCGAGCUGCAGAAUCCCAGCUGCGAGACAGACUGCCUGUCCGAGCGCUACAGAUCCAUCUCAGGCGAGUGCAACAACAGACAGCAUCCAAGACGAGGUGCUGCAAACAUCCCAUAUUCCCGCUGGUUGACUCCGGAGUAUGAGGACGUGUGGGGGACGCCCAGAGGCUGGGAGCCCACACACACCUACAACAACGCCACCCUGCCCCCAGUGCGUCUGGUGUCACAGCAAGUGCUGUACACUCACAACGACAACAUCUCGGUGGACUCCACCCUGUCCCACCUGCUGGUGGACUGGGGUCAGUGGAUAGACCACGACCUGGUGCUGACCCCUCAGAGCCCCAGUACGGCCGCCUUUAAGACCGGCGCCGACUGCACCCGCUCCUGCAGCCGGGACACGCCCUGCUUCCCCAUUCAGAUCCCGUUGUCCGACCCUCGUCACGGCGUCCAGGGCUGCAUGCCUUUCUUCCGCUCUGCUCCCAGCUGUGGUGCAGGAGUUGUGCCUCACCGCCAUCGAGAGCAGCUCAACGCCAUCACCUCCUUCGUGGACGCCAGCAUGGUGUACGGCAGCACCGCCGGCCUGGCAUCCACCCUCAGGAACCUCUCCUCCCCGCUGGGGUCAAUGGCCCUCAACUCCCAGCAUUCAGACCAGGAUCUGGCCUACAUGCCCUUCCUGCCCCGCCUGCAGGCCCACCUGGACCCCUGCGGGCCUCGCAACGCCUCCGGACCCCCUGCUCGCAGGAAGAACACCACAUCCUGCUUCCAAGCUGGUGACUCCAGAGUCAACGAACAUCUGGGCCUGAUCGCACUGCACACGCUUUUCCUGAGAGAGCACAACCGACUGGUCCGAGAGCUGCACCAGCUCAACCCGCACUGGAGCCCCGACACCCUCUACCAGGAGGCGCGCAAGAUCAUCGGCGCCAUCCACCAGAUCCUGACGUGGGAGCACUACCUGCCGCGGGUCCUCGGUGAGACGGCCAUGUCUCACCUGAUGCCCCCCUACCAGGGCUACGAUCCAGACGUGGAUCCCAGCAUCGCCAACGUGUUCGCGGCCGCCGCGUUCCGCUUUGCGCACGUCACCGUGCAGCCGGUGGUGAGCAGGCUGGGCCCGGGCUACACCGCCAACUCCCAGUACCCCCCUCUGCCGCUGCACCACUCACUGUUCGCCUCCUGGAGGGUCGUGAGGGAAGGUGGCAUCGACCCCGUGCUGCGCGGUCUGCUGCUGUCUCCGGCCAAGCUGCAGACUCCCGGCCAGAUGAUGGUGGAGGAGCUGACGGAGCGGCUGUUCCAGGCUCAGGGCGGGAUGCCGCUGGACCUGGCAGCUCUGAACCUGCAGAGAGGCCGGGACCACGGCCUGCCCGGGUACGGCUCGUGGAGAAGGUUCUGUGGCCUCUCUGUUCCCAACACCACAUUAGAACUGGCUGAAAUCCUGGGAAACUUCACACUGGCUCAUAAAUUCCAGCUCCUGUACGGGACGCCGCACAACAUCGACGUGUGGGUGGGCGCCAUCUCCGAGUCGCCGCUGCCCGGGGGCCGAGUCGGACCGCUGCUGUCCUGCCUGCUGGCCAAACAGUUCCGAGCGCUGAGAGACGGGGACAGGUUUUGGUGGGAGAAGAGAGGCGUGUUCACCGGCGCUCAGAGGAAACAGCUGCACGCCGUCUCGCUCUCUCGCAUCAUUUGUGACAACAGCCACAUCGCUCAGGUUCCCGCUGACCCCUUCUCGCGCACGGAGAGGCCAGAGGACAUGCUGGCCUGUCCCCUCAUCCCCCACCUGGACCUCAGGCCCUGGAAGGAACCGGACACAGUCUCAAGUUGUGGAGCGAUACCCAGGAUCCAGUCGGGAUAUUCGAUGCUCUGUAAUUUAGAAGUUCUCUAUCGGUGUCAAUCCGGCUUCAAGUUGCUGGGUUCUUCAUCGAUCAGCUGUGAUCCGGACAGCCAGCAGUGGAGCGCCAGACCACCCACAUGUCAAGAUAUCAAUGAAUGCGAGGAUCUUCCUUCCCCUUGUCCUCAACAUCUGGAGUGCUCCAACCUGCCGGGCUCCUUCAUGUGCUCGGAGCCGUCCUCGCUGUCCGCGGUCUCCAUCGUCACCGCCGUGAUAGUGUUGAUGGGCGGCGUGGCCGUGCUCGUGAUGAUCAUGAUCUGCUAUCGAAGAUAUUUUCCAAAGUCGAAGGAUUUGGUCUCUCCUGGAUGCUGUCAGAGGAAAAAUUAA